UAUAAUAUGGCGCUUCCUCAUCAACAUAAGUAUCGAUUGCAUAGCCAAGCCAAUUGUGUCUGUCUUAUCAUUAUCAAUGCAAAGUGGUUAUUCUGAUUUUGAUCAAGAGUAACAUCAAGAAUGUGGACAAGAAGAGGAUGGGUUUAAAUCGCCAUAAAACACACAAGUAUGUCUCAUUACAUGAGAGCAGAGAAGAAACAGUUCUUCAGGAAUCCACAGGAUUAUAUCAUCAGGCCGUUGAUGAGACAACGGGAGACGGGGCAGCUAUGCGACGUCGUUCUCCGGAUAAAUGGAAGAGUAUAUCAUGCACAUCGUGCUAUAUUAGCACUAUGGAGCCCAUAUUUUCUAUCCAUGUUUACCUGUGAAAUGAGAGAGAAAUCCUCACGAGAAAUAGAUCUGACAGAAUCUCUCUUGCUAGAAGAUGAUUCCAUAUUCAGUAACGUGUUGGAUUAUAUGUACACUGGGUCACUGACGGUCAAUGUUUCCAAUGUUGAUGAUAUACUCAGAGUAUCAGACUUUUUACUCUUAGAUGACGUGAAAGAUUACUGUCAACAGUUUUAUCUUGACCUUGGUAACUUGGAUCUGAGUAAUUGUUUACGAGUGAAAUUUCUUACUGAAAACCACAAUUUACUUGAAGUAAGUGAAGCAUGUCAAAAGAUAAUUGAAUCUCGUUUCCACGACUACCUUAUCCAUAAUGAUGAAAUUCUAGAAAUUCCACCACCAUACCUUUUCCAGUUGUUAGAGGAUCCAAGAACAGUCCACCAGACAAGUUACAAUGAGUUAAAAAGACUGAUCACACGCUGGGUUGACUACUGUAAAGAAAGCAGGGAGAUGUACAAGAAUGAUCUGUGUGCCUGUAUCAAACUAUGGGUAUAUGACACUGGGGACAAUGCUACAACAGUUUUGGGACAAGGCAUAAAGCAGCGGGACCUGUCCAUCUUCAUGCAGUCUUCUCUCUCGGAUGCAAUCAGAAGAGAUGCUGAAGGACACAUGUCAUGCAUGCUGAAAGAAAAUGUUCUUCACGAGUCGAUUAGUGUGAACGAUACAAUUUGUCCAGUUCUGUAUACAGUGAUUUGCAACCAAGGUAUGAAAUUCCUAAGAAUUUUGGUCUAUAGCAUAUACAGUCAGAAAUGGUUUCAGUUUCCAAUUAGCAGUGAGAAACUUUCUCAAAUGAUACCAUCCAGACAAACAGUUUGUAGCCUUGUUGCCCACAGAAACUGCCUUUACAUGUACCUGUGUCCAAGUUUCCCUUACCCCUCUGACAUGUUAAAGAUCAACAUCUUGGUUGUUGACCUUCUGAAGGGGCAACCAGCAGUAUACUCAUUUCGCACUGCAGACUACUACAACCCAACAUACCGAACAACCCUGACCAACUACCGCUCAGUGCCACCAGCCGUGGCAGUGUGUGGCCACAACCUCUAUGUAAUCGGCAACAAGGAAGGGGCAGGCAACUUGUUUCAGUGCAGUCUAACCAAUCAUCAGUAUAAGUGUCAUCAGAUCCCUGGUGCCCGUUUCAUCAGUCUAGCAAGAGCAGCUGUCCGAAAUGACAGAUUCAUCUUUUUAUGGUUCCGUCAUCGCACUGGUCCUUCUGAGGAGUUCUGCAUAAAAAAAUCAGUUGGUUUUGUCAUGUUUGAUACAAAAUCAAAAGUGUUCAACUCCUGGGAGAUCUCUCCUCCUGAGAUUUCCUAUGAUGAUUUUGUGAAGCCAUACAUGUUGUGUGUCCGAGAUGACACAGUUCUCAUCUACCACCCUGGCAAACCUGCACUUGUCUUAGAUGAAGUCAGGUGUAAGUGGGUAACCUCCCUUCGCAAGGUGCCAACACCUGGAUUACUCACUGAUAAUUUAACUGACAUGUAUGGAUAUCAAAUACAGGCAGCCACCGACAACAGUAUUUUCAUACUCAACAACCCAGCACCAUACACAACUUCGCUGCAUGAGAUCAGCGAGAUGUAUCCCCAAACCAUCAUCCACAAACCGCCCCCAAUAGACAACAUCUCCUUGGUGACCUUUGGCUAUCUGACCAAGUCUGAUCUACUGGAGCUGGACACUGUGGAGUUGUAUGAUGAUGCCUAUGCAAAUGCUCUUCAGGUGACAAUGCGAUUCUCCGAUCCAGACACGGACGAUAGCGGUACUACUCACUCUGGGCAUGAUACAGACAAUGACUUUGAAUAUGAUGAUGAUAUAUAUGAUUAUGAUUAUGAUCUUGAUGGAGAGUUUGGCUUUUCACUGUAAUGUGAUCAUGAAUUUCCAUUGAAUUCAAUAUAUGUAUUAUGAAGUACUUCACGGGUAUUGUACGUUGUGAAAAUAACAGCACAUUUUAUUUUAAGAUAAAUGAUAACACUAACAAUACAAUUUUACAACCUCACAUGUUGGUGGAUUUUGAGGUCAAAACACACAAAAAAAAAGCAAAAAAAAAAAAAAAACCUCGCAUUAUAGGGCCUUGGAAUCCUGGUCACGGAAUGGUACACAAGUCCUGGGGAUCGAUCCUGAAGGUCACUGAAGGGUACACAUGUCUUGGGUAUCAAGGGCCUGGGAAUCCUGGUUACUGAAGCAUACACAGUCACAAGUCCAGAGGAUCCUGAAGGUUACUGAAGGGUACACAUGUACAUGUCUUGGGUAUCAAGGGCCUGGGAAUCCUAGUUACUAAAGGGUACACAAGUCCUGGGGAUUAAUUAUAUAUAUAAGGGCCAAUGAAUCCUGGUUACUGAAGGGUACACAUGUCUUGGGGAUCCUGAAGGUUACUGAAGGGUACACGUGUCUUGGGGAUCCUGAAGGUUACUGAAGGGUACACAUGAUUUUGGAAUCCUGGGUAGUGUUGGUAAAAAGUCCUGGUGACCGAGCUCGAGGGCCUUGGGAUACAGUCUGAUUACUGUUUGAUACGCAAGUCUUGGGGAUCCACCUGGCUACUGUUUAAUACAUAUAGGUAAGGUUGUGGGAAUCCAAGGGUAAAACAGACAUAGUGUACUAUUAAAAGCCAUGAAAGAUAUAAGCUUAAGUAUAUAUAUAGUAUUGGCAAGAAAAUAUACACAGGGUACAUUACACCAAGUAAAACUAUUCACAAAGUCAGUUUGUAUUAUACAUGUAUAAUUGGGUGUAAGAUAAUGAUAUUGUUAUUGUAAAAGUGUUUGCAGUUUUCCUAUAGUGCUGUACUGGAGCUUGCAGGGUAAAAGCUGUGUAUAGUGGGUCAGUCAAUGGCAGUGUUGUAAUAUCUGUUGUAUUUGUGCACUUGUAUUUGGAUAUUUGUAACACAUUAUGCAAUAUUUUUACAGCAGUAUUUUGGUUUUGCAAUUUGUACACCAUUAAUGCAAGUGUAGCUAUAUGAUUUUAUAAUUGAUAGGUGUGUAGCAGGACUGGGUCAGAUGACUGUCCGUGAUAUCUCUUUAGGAUCCAGAUAUGUUUAAAGUCUGGAGGCACGAGGUUCAAAUCUGGUCCAUUGCAUUUACCGUGUCCUGGUACAGGAGUAUUUAGAUUCAUGAUUAAUUGGACCUAGCCUCUUUUCAUUUUCCUUGUCCUAUAAUACAGGAUUAUUAAGAUUUAUGAUAAUUUGGAGGUAGCCUCUUCACAUUUUGCCUUAAGAUUUCAGGAUCUCAUUUGCAUUUAGUAUCAGAUUCAAUAUCUUACCCCAGACCUGUAGUAUUAUGUUGCUAAAAAGACAAUGUUUAUACUGACAUCAUGUGUUUUUAAACUUUAAAGAUAGAGCAAUUCCAACUCAGAGUGGAAAUACCAUAUAAAUCAUGUUAUGUAAAAUAAUCAAAUUAUAUUAAACAAACAUAUUUAUUCAGUAAUAAGUAAAUUUAUGUAAAUCUGUUAUGACAUCAUUUGUAUCAAUUUCCGAGAAAUUGAUAUUAGAUUUAAAUUGUAAGAAAAAAUUGUAAAAAAAAAAAGAACUGUCUUUAGCAGAUCAUGAGUUUCACAUAAUCAUCAGUUUUGUUGAAGCAUUUCUUUCAUAUAUUUUAUUUUUGUGUGCCAUAUAUAUGCUUUGCAAUGAGUUGACUAUUUGUACCAGAGUUGUAUCCCUUUGGAUAAGAUUGUCAAUGGAAAUGUUUAAAUUUUGACAGGUAAUGCCAUAAGAAGUCUUAGAUAGUAUCUACAAUAUUGUAGAUAAAUCAGAUUGUCAAAUAAUUCCCAGGACCUUGUGGUCAUAACGUGCAGUGUUGUAAGAGUGGACCAUGUUGAUUUAGAUAAUGUGAAUUUAUGAAUGAGAUACCGGUAACUAAUUUAUUUUGAAAGUUAGAUUUCACUUGUUUUAUAUAUAGUCUACACACAUUUAUAUUCACACUUUACUUGUACACAUGACUGUGUUGGAUACAUUUGUAUCAUUCAGUAAUAUACUACACUGUCUUGUGAUAAUCUGAUAAUUCUUUUGUUAUGACAAGGUCAGUAUCGGACUAUCCAAUAUUUAAAAACAGUCCUUCUAAUUUUAGGAAUACUGUAUGUACAAUUUUUUUUUCUUUUUACCUUUUCAAUUGGCUAUUAUCCUGUAUCCCUUUGUAUGCAGAUUAUACUGGUUUAGUGUUUAUUUAUUUAUUUCUUUUCCAAAUUAACUGUUUAAUGAAUCAGAUAUCUCAUAUCUCUUCAUAAUUGUGCACUCUGCCUAUAUUGCUGGAAGUACUAGUGUUCCUGUAUUGGAUUUGACACCAUACAAUUCCAGGUGAAGAAAUCAGAAUUUUUCUAUGUUUUAAAUGAUGUACGGAAGGCCCAACAUUAAAAUCACAAAUAACUGAGUUUCCUCUUUUGGAGAAAAUAUUAUUUCAUUUUUAUUGAAUAUAAAAAAAUUAACCUUGUCUUCCUUUAUAAAUAUUUAUUUGGUGUAAAAGCAAAGUCAUUAUGCUGAUUCUAGUUAAAGAAUUCUUGUUCUGAAAGUUCCACAGCAGAGACAUAUUAGUGUCAUCCUAUAUAUAUACGGUAUACAAAUGUAUAUAUAUAUAUACAUAUAUAACAUUAGCAAGGGGAGGUAACUUUGAUGAUCACCCAUUUGUGUUGAUUUACCAAUCAUGUAUGUAUGUGCUUAAUGUGAAUUUUAAAAACCCUUUUUACAUUUACAAUGCUUGCAUGUUCAUUGACAUACUCAACAUUAAUGACUGUUUUGCAAAUCCAUUCAAUGUUAUUUUAAUUGGUAGUGAUAUUGUGGUAACAAUAAUCUCACUGCAUAUAUAAAGUAUAAUUUUUAUUCUAUUGUUGACAAGCUUAUGAAGCACCAAGUCAUCAUCUGUUGUAAUGAUAGCUGAACAUGUGCUAGCAAAGUCAGUACCAGGUAUCUGUAUAUUAUAUGUAGCUGUAAGUCAGCACCAGGUAUCUGUAUAUUAUAUGUAGCUGUAAGUCAGCACCUGGUGUCUGUAUAUUAUAUGUAGCUGUAAGUCAGCACCGGGUGUCUGUAUAUUAUAUGUAGCUGUAAGUCAGCACCAGGUAUCUGUGUAUUAUAUGUAGCUGUAAGUCAGCACCGGGUGUCUGUAUAUUAUAUGUAGCUGUAAGUCAGCACCAGGUAUCUGUGUAUUAUAUGUAGCUGUAAGUCAGCACCGGGUGUCUGUAUAUUAUAUGUAGCUGUAAGUCAGCACCAGGUAUCUGUAUAUUAUAUGUAGCUGUAAGUCAGCACCUGGUGUCUGUGUAUUAUAUGUAGCUGUAAGUCAGCACCGGGUGUCUGUAUAUUAUAUGUAGCUGUAAGUCAGCACCGGGUGUCUGUAUAUUAUAUGUAGCUGUAAUAAGUCAGCACCAGGUAUCUGUAUAUUAUAUAUAACUGUAAGUCAGCACCUGGUGUCUGUAUAUUAUAUGUAGCUGUAAUAACAGUCAGCACCAGGUAUCUGUAUAUUAUAUGUAGCUGUAAGUCAGCACCAGGUAUCUGUAUAUUAUAUGUAGCUGUAAGUCAGCACCUGGUGUCUGUAUAUUAUAUGUAGCUGUAAGUCAGCACCUGGUGUCUGUAUAUUAUAUGUAGCUGUAAGUCAGCACCUGGUGUCUGUAUAUUAUAUGUAGCUGUAAGUCAGCACCGGGUGUCUGUAUAUUAUAUGUAGCUGUAAGUCAGCACCGGGUGUCUGUAUAUUAUAUGUAGCUGUAAGUCAGCACCUGGUGUCUGUAUAUUAUAUGUAGCUGUAAGUCAGCACCAGGUAUCUGUAUAUUAUAUGUAGCUGUAAGUCAGCACCAGGUAUCUGUAUAUUAUAUGUAGCUGUAAGUCAGCACCAGGUGUCUGUAUAUUAUAUGUAGCUGUAAUAACAAAGUCAGCACCGGGUGUCUGUAUAUUAUAUGUAGCUGUAAGUCAGCACCGAGUGUCUGUGUAUUAUAUGUAGCUGUAAUAACAAAGUCAGCACCGGGUGUCUGUAUAUUAUAUGUAGCUGUAAGUCAGCACCUGGUGUCUGUAUAUUAUAUGUAGCUGUAAGUCAGCACCAGGUGUCUGUAUAUUAUAUGUAGCUGUAAGUCAGCACCUGGUGUCUGUAUAUUAUAUGUAGCUGUAAGUCAGCACCGGGUGUCUGUAUAUUAUAUGUAGCUGUAAGUCAGCACCAGGUAUCUGUAUAUUAUAUGUAGCUGUAAUAACAAAGUCAGCACCGGGUGUCUGUAUAUUAUAUGUAGCUGUAAUAACAGUCAGCACCUGGUGUCUGUAUAUUAUAUGUAGCUGUAAUAACAAAGUCAGCACCAGUUGUCUGUAUAUUACAUUUCUGUGAUUUAUUCUGUGUACUUUAAUGAGGAAGAGUUCUUUCCAUUAGAAUUCUGGGUAUUUCUAGUCAUUUACAUCACCUGUUUAAAUCUUUACAUGUAUCACAGUGGCAUAUUUUCUAUUGUUUCAAGUUAUUGAUGUUACUGAAAAUACAAUGGUUUGUGAAAUA